GGCCACCAUUUGGGGAUGCCCGGCCCCCAGCUGUCCACCGCCAGCCGGGGCACAGGAGCGGUGACGGGCCUGGCCGAGGUGCUGCUCUGGGUUGGAGGGAGUGUGGCGGUGUCACCAGAGUGGCAGCUUGGCCUGCUAGUGGAGCGCUGCAUGAGCGCCAUGCAGGAGGGGACGCAGAUGGUGAAGCUCCGGGGCAGCUCCAAGGGCCUGGUCCGCUUCUACUACCUGGACGAGCACCGCUCCUGUCUGCGCUGGAGGCCCUCGAGGAAGAACGAGAAGGCCAAGAUCUCCAUCGACUCCAUCCAGGAGGUGAGCGAGGGGCGGCAGUCUGAGAUCUUCCAGCGCUACCCGGACGGCAGCUUCGACCCCAACUGCUGCUUCAGCAUCUACCACGGCAGCCACCGCGAGUCGCUGGACCUGGUCUCGCCCAGCGGGGAUGAGGCUCGGACCUGGGUCACCGGCCUGCGCUACCUCAUGGCCGGCAUCAGCGAUGAGGACAGCCUGGCCCGACGCCAGCGCACCAGGGACCAGUGGCUGAAGCAGACGUUCGAUGAGGCCGACAAGAACGGGGACGGAAGUCUGAGCAUGGGCGAGGUCCUGCAGCUGCUGCAUAAGCUGAACGUGAAGCUGCCCCGGCAGCGCGUGAAGCAGAUGUUCAGGGAGGCAGACACAGAUGACCGGCAGGGGACGCUGGGCUUCGAGGAGUUCUGUGCCUUCUACAAGAUGAUGUCCACGCGCCGGGACCUUUACCUGCUGCUGCUCACCUACAGCAACCACAAGGACCACCUGGACGCUGCCGACCUGCAGCGCUUCCUGGAGGUGGAGCAGAAGAUGCAGGGCGUGACCCUGGAGCGCUGCCGAGACAUCAUCCAGCAGUUCGAGCCCUGCCCGGAGAACAGGAGCAAGGGCGUGCUGGGCAUUGAUGGCUUCACCAACUACACACGGAGCCCUGCAGGCGACAUCUUCAACCCCGAGCACCACGGCGUGCACCAGGACAUGACGCGACCCCUGAGCCACUACUUCAUCACCUCGUCCCACAACACCUACCUGGUGGGGGACCAGCUGACCUCACAGUCUCGGGCCGACAUGUACGCCUGGGUGCUGCAGGCCGGCUGCAGAUGCGUGGAGGUGGACUGCUGGGAUGGGCCCGAUGGGGAGCCCAUCGUCCACCAUGGCUACACACUGACCUCCAAGAUCCUCUUCAGAGAUGUCAUCGAGACCAUCAACAAAUACGCCUUCCUCAAGAAUGAGUACCCGGUGAUCCUGUCCAUCGAGAACCACUGUUGCGUCGUCCAGCAGAAGAAGAUGGCCCAGUACUUGACUGACAUCCUUGGGGACAAGCUGGACCUGUCAGCCGUGAGCAGCGAAGACGCCUCCACGCUCCCUUCUCCCCAGAUGCUCCGGGGCAAGAUCCUGGUCAAGGGGAAGAAGCUUCCGGCUAACAUCAGUGAGGACGCGGAGGAAGGUGAGGUGUCGGACGAGGACAGUGCCGACGAGAUUGACGAGGACUGCAAGCUCCUCAACGGGGAUGCCUCCACCAAUCGGAAGCGCGUGGAAAACAUGGCCAAGAAGAAACUGGAUUCUCUAAUCAAGGAGUCAAAGGCCCGAGACUGUGAAGACCCUGAUGACUUCACAAUCUCUACCAUGUCCCCAACGGGCAGACCUGGGCACAGAGCAGAUGCCAACAAGAGCAAAGCUGAGGAGGACACGGAGUCCGGGGAGGAUGCCGGGGUCAGCAGACGCAACAGCCGCCUUCUCAUGAGUAGCUUCUCCAAGCGCAAGAAAAAGGGUAGCAAGCUAAAGAAGGUGGCCAGCAUGGAGGAGGGGGACGAGGACCCGGACUCGCCAGGAAGCCAGAGCCGAGGGACAGCCCGGCAGAAGAAGACCGUGAAGCUCUCCCGGGCCCUCUCGGACCUGGUGAAAUACACCAAGUCCGUGGGUUCGCACGACGUGGAGAUGGAGGUGGCCUCGAGCUGGCAGGUAUCAUCCUUCAGCGAGACCAAGGCCCACCAGAUCCUGCAGCAGAAGCCGGCGCAGUACCUGCGCUUCAACCAGCACCAGCUCUCGCGCAUCUACCCCUCGUCCUACCGUGUGGACUCCAGCAACUACAACCCGCAGCCCUUCUGGAAUGCCGGCUGCCAGAUGGUUGCCCUGAACUACCAGUCGGAGGGGCGGAUGCUGCAGCUGAAUCGGGCCAAGUUUAGUGCCAAUGGCAACUGUGGCUACGUGCUGAAGCCCCCGUGCAUGUGCCAGGGUGUCUUCAACCCCAACUCCGAGGACCCCCUGCCUGGGCAGCUCAGGAAGCAGCUGGCUUUGAGGAUCAUCAGUGGGCAGCAGCUCCCCAAGCCACGAGACUCCAUGCUGGGUGACCGAGGGGAGAUCAUCGACCCCUUCGUGGAGGUGGAGGUCAUUGGGCUCCCGGUGGACUGCAGCAAGGAGCAGACCCGUGUGGUGGAUGACAACGGGUUUAACCCCAUGUGGGAAGAGACGCUGGUGUUCACGGUGCACAUGCCUGAGCUGGCGCUGGUGCGCUUCCUGGUCUGGGACCAUGACCCCAUCGGGCGGGACUUCAUCGGCCAGAGGACGCUGGCUUUCAGCAGCAUGAUGCCAGGCUAUCGGCACGUGUACCUCGAGGGGAUGGAAGAAGCCUCCAUCUUUGUGCAUGUGGCCAUCAGCGACAUCAGCGGUAAGGCCAAGCAGGCCUUGGGUCUAAAAGGCCUCUUCCUCCGCGGCGCAAAGCCCGGCUCCCUGGACAGUCAUGCUGCUGGGCAGCCCCCACCCCGGCCCUCCGUUAGCCAGCGGCUCCUGCGGCGCACGGCCAGUGCCCCAACCAAGAGCCAGAAGCCAGGCCGAAAGGGCUUCCCGGAGCUGGUGCUGGGCACACGGGACGUGGGCUCCGAGGGGGCAGCUGACGAUGUGGUGCCCCCCAGCCCCGGCCCCACUCCUGAGACCCCAGCCCAUGAUGGGCCAGGCAGCAGCAUCUCCCGAGACCCCCGCCCCUUCUCUACACAGCGACCCAUCUCCCCCUUGUGCAGCCUGGAGCCCAUCGCGGAGGAGCCGGCCCUGGGCCCCGGUGCCCCUGCACAGGCAGCCACCCCCACCAGCCCUCCCAGGGUGCGGCCCCCGUGCUCCACGGGGCCUGCGGCCAAAGCGGCCAGUCCCCCACGGACAGCUCAGGGACCUUCCGGGCCCCUCCAGCUCAGGACUGGGGGCCAAGAGGACAAUGAAAACUCUCCCAGAAAGCUGCUCAAUGGUGGGGGGCCUAGUGGGGCAUGCGAGGGGGCUGCUGGCAGCCAGACAGACAGCAGGAGCCAGCCUCGAGCCCUGGGUCUCCUGCCUGUGGUCAGAAGGGCCAAGAGUGAGGGCCAGGUGCCCUCGGAGCCCCCAGGUGUGUGGCGGCCGCUGGCCGGGCCCUCCCCGACGCCUGCCAUCUACUCGGACGCCACAGGCAGUGACCGCAUAUGGCAGCGGCUGGAGCCAGGCAGCCACCGAGACAGCGUGUCCUCGUCUUCCAGUAUGUCCUCCAGCGACACUGUCAUCGACCUCUCCUUGACAAGCCUGAGCCUGGGCCUGGGCCGAAGCCGCGAGAGCCUGGCAGGGACCCCUCUAGGCCGCCUGCCCCCACGGCCCUGCUCAGCCUCCACUGUCCGCCCGGACCUGCCUCCCGUGACCAAGAGCAAGUCGAACCCCAACCUGCGGGCUGCGGGCCAGCUGCCGCCUGCGCCCGACGUGCUGCGGCCCCGGCCUCUGGCCCCACGGCUGCCUGGCCCGCGGCCCCGGCCUUCCUGGGGGGGCCUUGCCCUGCUGGGCCUGCCGGACUGCCCGGUAGCUGCCAAGUCCAAGAGCCUGGGAGACCUGACGGCAGAUGACUUCAGCUCCGGCUUUGAGGGGAGCUCUCGCAGCCUGGGCCGGGGCCUGGGCCCCCCAGGAGGGACGCGGCGGGACGCCCUGACCGAGCAGCUGCGGUGGCUCACCGGCUUCCAGCAGGCCGGGGACAUCACAUCGCCCACCAGCUUGGGCCCGGCUGGGGAUGGGGCACUGGGGGGCCCUGGCUUCCUGCGGCGCUCCUCCUCCCGCAGCCAGAGCCGUGUGCGUGCCAUCGCCAGCCGGGCCCGCCAGGCUCAGGAGCGGCAGCAGCGGCUCCGGGGCCUAGACCCACGAGCACCCCCAGAGGAGGAGCGGGGCACCCCGGAGGGUGCCUGCUCUGUAGGCCUGGAGGGCUGUGUGGAUGCCGCGGGCCCCCCCAAGGGCACCCCAGAGCAGGUGCCUGGUGCUGCCGAUGGCCUGCUGCUGCUGAGGCUCUGACCCGGCCUCCUCACCCCCCUCCUCCAGCCUGGGGAGCAAGCGAGGCCACGUCUGGCCGUGCAAGAGCCUGGGAUGUGUAAGACAGAACUCAGCAUUAAAGCGAUACGGAGCCCUUCCUCAUCCUCCCUGGUGUCCAGGCCCUGUGUGUGUGGUGAGCCUAUCCCCAGGAUGUCCACUGCCCCAGAGCUGGGCUGUCCCUGCCCCCCACGCCUUGCUCCUUCUGAAUGACGGUCCUCCGUCCGGGUGUCCCGAGACUGUAAACUUCUGGACACAGUUCCAAUAAAUGUACUCACACCUGC